AUGUCUGAAGAAAAUAACGAGAAUGGUGCUCCACAGCGCGACCAAGCAACGCAGGACUGGAUAACGGGCGUGAAGGAAAGAAAAGAACUUCAAGACAAACUAACCGAGAAGGAGAGAGAAAACAACAUCCUCAAAGGGAAGAUUCACGAGAUGACUAAGAAACUGGAAGAUCUGGAGAAGCAAGUGAGACUUUAAUGCUAGGCUAGUAUAUAUGUACGUUAUAGUCGCAGCGUUUAACUACAGUUGCUGGAAUAGAUCCUGGAAGCCUUAUUUAAAACUUUACUAAACCCUUGACUUCUAAUUUGUCUUAAGUAUCAUCAAGUAAAAUAUACUGUCGUCCCCGAUGUCAGCUGUGUAGUAUACUGAAAUAUGGUACCCGGUUGACACCAACGUUAUUUUUUCGUUAGUAUAUGUAAGGCUAAAUAUUUUAGUUUAUAAAGUUAUUUUAUUUCUAACAUGCAUGUACUUGUAUAAACUUAUAAUGUUAACAGUAAACAUUUUGUGAGAGACAUGUUAUGAAAUAAUUAACUGAUGUAGGUUGCCAGUUGGGUUUAAGAGGCUAUGUCACACUAUUUGCUUUCUUUUUAAAAAGCUAAAAUGUCUUUCCAAUUAUGUUAUUUAAGAUGACAUUUACAUAUUAAAACUGUUUCCCUCAUCUGUUGGUUUAGAUGACAAGGAUGGACAUGGAUGGAAAAAUUGGGGCCAACUUUUUUCACAUUUUAUUGGCUUUCCCUGCAAAAAUCACCAGUGGUUAGAGUUCCCUGAUGGAAUUUGUUUCAUAUCUUCAUAACUAUACACUUAUACACUGAGGAACAUUUUGGGGGUUCCUUCUGUAGGUACUGAGACACAGAUUAUGUAGAACAAAAGAAGCAAUUCAAUCAAACAAUAAAGCCCCCAGGAGAGCUCUGUUGUUUGGUGCCUUUGUUUCUUUUCUAAUAACAGUAGCUGAAGAAAGACCCUUUCUGUGUAAAAUAGGUAUUAAAGGGCAUUAAAUUAAAUGAAUUCACUGCAGAAUUGACCUAAAACAGUGAUAUCCUGGUGACAUAGCCCCUUUAGAUCCUUACCUGUAAUGUAAUACCGUAAAAUUCCGAGAAUAAGCCCCUCCAUGUAUAAGCCCCUCCAAAUAUAAGCACCCCAAUCCGGUAACGCAAAAAACCCUCUGUUAAAUCGCCCCUCCAAAUAUAAGCCCCCGGGGACUUGUACUUGGAAAAUUGCCCCAAAUACAAAGUAAAACAAAGCAAAAAUGGCAAAUUUACUUGAAACUAUAAGGCUAGCCCAAUCAAUUUUGAAAUGCAAAUUUCCCUCCAUAGAUAAGCCCCUCCGAAUAAAACCACCUCCAAAAAUAAGCCCCUCAAAAAGGGCCUUUGAAAAGUAUAAGCCCUGGGGCUUAUUUUCAGAAUUUUACGGUAUUAGAAAUGAGUGGUGGGAAAUGCUAAGGGAGGGGGAGGGGGAAUCAUGUUAGAACACGAAAAAGUUAGGAGGAAAAUUGAUUACAGUAAUAAUUAGCUGGAUUACCAUCAUCAUCACCAUAAUUGACUGGAUUACCGUCAUCCUUAGUUCAAUAAUAAUAUUUUAUUCACUGACUUAUUUUUAUCGGCAUGUAAAAUUUGUUAUUAAACUAUAAAGAAAAAACAACAAAAAGGUUAAUAUUAUAUUUGUGGUUUUUUUCUUUUGCUAUUUUUAGGUGGCUGAAAAGAAUAAGGUAAAUUUAUAGACAUAAUACUAGAAAAGGAAGUAUCAAACAAUUAAGAGUUAAAGAAACAAUCUACUAGGCACCAUGACCUGAAAACGAAAAAUUUAUUGUCAGCAAUACUGUCUGACAAAUUUAUUUUCCUUUCGUAUUUAGUCUUUUCUUCCUAAUUGAACUUUGCCUGUUUUAAAGUAAGUUCACUUGCUUCUUCUGAUAACUGAACAUGUGGGCUAAUUUGAACCAGUUUUUUGUAAUUGUUCCAAUUGUCUCGGGGAGUUCUUGCAUGGUAUUAUGGGUAACUCAGCUGAGGAUGGAUCAGUAAUGUAUGAGGUUAUUUAUGGAAUUCAGCACAUUCCUCUUUAUAGGUUGUGCAUGCAAUGCAUGAUUUCCUAGAACAAUGUCAUACUGAGUGUGUUCUGUGUGACAGUGUGUUUGCUGUUAUUUUCUUCCAUAAGAUGCAUUAAGAUUUAGUGUUUGUGAUAUCUCAGCCUUUGGCCCUGGCCGGUAAUGCUUACUUCAACCCUGAUUUUUCCAGAUGUGACAAAAACCUCAUCCAAUAAUUAAUUAUGAUUUUACAGUAAGCAAAAAAAAAAGCAUGAGAAAAUUUUUUGAAAGUAAGUGAACUGUAACACAAAAGUCUCACACUUUUAUGAUAUCUUAAUUACUUGCUUUACGUAACCAAUCUCUUGAACACCAUACACCUCUUGCACCAAUAACUAACAAUCUAAAUAAACAAUCUUAUGCAGAAUUUCUGGCACCAUCUCCAGGGGUGAAUGGGAUAUCCUCUGUAAUAAACUGGUCUGAAUUCACUUCCAAAUAGCCAUAAUUUGACAGCGAUUGUUCUAUUUGUAGGAGCAAAAGAAGCGACGAAAAUCAAGUGUAACCAAACCAAAAAGACCCGCAGCAAAGAAAAGGGAGAAAGGAGCGAAAGACACAGGACUAUUAACACCUGACAUGAAUAAUAAAGUUGAUCACGAUGACCCAUUUGAGGAUCCAGAAAGAUUAUAUGCGGUAUGUUCCACACUAAUUUGUUCUAGUAUCUUUUUCCCAUCUCAGCACUUCACAAAAUGUUUGGAAAUUAUUUUUUUUAAGUUAAGUGAGGAACUUACCAUAAAGCUUUGCAUUAACAUACAUGAACAUACCCUUUAUUUUAUACUCAAAUUUCAGAGAAGCCUGAAAGGCUAAUAUCUUCUAGAACAUAUUAAAAUAUAGUAGAAAGACGAAAAAAAUUAAGUAAAUAAAAUAAAAAGGAAAAUCUAAAUCUUCUUUGUAUACUGGUAAUUGUAGAUCAGGAAGGCGCUAUGACAGUAUGUUUUUAAGUCUGAAAUACUGGGUACUUGUUCUACAAAAGUGAAAGUACCGGUAUAAAGCAUAUUUUUCACUCACCUGGCCAGUAGCUAUGCACAUUUGUUGCAACAAAAGAAAUGUUUGCAUAAGAAAAGAGUUCAACUCCCAUUAAGACUGGUUUGGACCACCAACUGUUUUUUUUUGUUUUGGGACACCAACAGGGCAGAAGUGAAAUCAUGAUAAAAGUCUCUAUAUAUUGAAAUCUUUCUUUUUUCAGGCAAUUGCAGAAAGGUAUCCUGAUCUUCCAUUGAGCACAAUUCUUUUUGCUGAAAAGAGGUUUGUGGAGGCAGAUCUGGACAGAAAUGGGGUGAGUCAAAUGCAGUUAUAAUAGUACAGGCUAACUUGAUAUAAUAUAUUUAAAUAUACUGAUAUAUGUAAUUAUUUUUAAGUAGUAAUGAAAAUUGCCUAGUCGGAUCUCACAUUGACACCAGGCAACCUAGUAGAUUAUACUACGCUCUAGCCCUUCUAUUGAGCACUCUGCUGAUAGGCGUGCAUACGUAUCAACUGGUAUAUAAUUAUUUAAAAGUCAAUAAAAUGAUAAAAGUUGUCAUAUUUUGCUGUAAAUUAUGUGGGUUUUUUUUUUAAAUUUUAGCCCCAUUUGAUGAUUUGAGGGUGCAAGAAGGAGUGGGCAAAAUUCUAACUCUUCUUCUCCCCCCCCUUCCCUUUCCCCUUCCCCCCCCAAAAAAGGAAUGCUUGAUCACAGUUUGUGUGCUUCCACUACAAAACAAUUAAUUGACUCUUAACAAUGGUGUCUUAUAAGUUGCUUUCAUUUUUUUGUUUGCAGACGAUAGAUAGUGAUGAACUAGAAAAGAUGCUGGACUUACUUUCUCAGAAGGGAAGUUCCACAAUGUAUACCAAAAAAGAAGUCAAAGACAUUUUUAGGAAAAUUGAUGCAGACAACACUAAUUCCAUUGACUUCAUGGAAGUUUUAGGGGUAAUGUAAUAUUCAUUUAGAUUUUCAAACGUUUUUCCUGUCCAGGGCAAAGCUGUCACUCAUGCAGCUGGUACUCCUGGCUUUUGACCAGCAGCUGAGCUAAAGAAUUGGGUUUCCGUGUGAAAAUUUAUAAAUUGCUCAAAGGGCUUUAAAAAGUGGCGGGAGGGGGGGGGGGACUGCUUGAAGUUUAGAAACUCAAAACUUUGGUUUCAUCAGCUGACUUGAUAAAGUCGUCAGAUUGUCCGGGUCAUAACGAGAUUUAAAAGUCAAAGAUUUUGGCUUUAUUUCUGGCAAAGGGGUUAGGAUUCGGCUCUAAAAUGUAUUUGCCGUGGCUAGUUGCAAUUCACUUGAUGAGCUCAGUUGAUAGAAACAAAAUUUUGUAUUUCACUCCUCACUGAUGCAACGUAUUCUAACAGACAGUUUCUUUAGAAACUAUUAUAACCACUUUAUUCAUUUGUAGCCUAGAAAAUUGAGCAGUUAUAAUGAAAGUGAAGCAAUACACUCUUUAGGCUUGAUUACCAGCCACUGUUCUGGAAAUGAGUUCUUGCUCCUCUCCCGGAAAUCGAGCCUAAGCACUCUUUCAGUCGAUUUCAACCUUAAUGGCUGUAUGCCGUGCUGUUUUAUUAAAGUGCUCUUUUUUAAACUUCAGGUGUUCGACAUGUUGAGGCAGAAUAAAAACCCAGAUCUACCAAGCUCAUUAUUUCUUCAACAACAACAGAACAAAAGUACUGUGUGCUCCAUCCAAUAACAAGAGGAAUUACUGGAAUAACCAACCUUAAUGAACAUCUAAAAUGAGGCUGACAAACACCCUCCGUUCCUCCCAAGUGAGACUGGUACUUCAUGCAGACAAACUCAUGAUUAUAAAAGCUCUUUUUUGUUAUACAUUGUACUUGCUGAAAAUUGUUUUUAUCUCCUUCUCGUCUGCUGGUCUAGUAUGCACCCUAUGUGCUGUCUCAGAAUGAAAAUACAUUCGCCGUGGAAAGACAUGCAGUAAUUUUUUUCUGGAAGAAAGAAUACUGUGAUGAUGAGUACCGCCGGGAGGGAGACUUGAAGAAAGUUAACAGUACCUUGACAUCCUGAGCCUUGAGUCACAAAGACCUGGAAUCAUAAUAACGCUAAAUUAAACAUUUUAAUCUUCAUAUGUUCAAAUUAUCAGAUCAGAAUCUGUAACAAUUAUUAUGAACCGGAAUUUUAUUCAGAACCUUACAGCAGUGCAUGGUCAAUUGUUUUGCUAAAAGUGGGUCAUAGCUUUAAAUAAUUCCCGUUUUUCCUGCAAUGUACCCACAGAUGGGAUAACAACUACCAGAUUUAAAAUUAGUGUAGAUUGCUGUUUAAUUAAGCUUAAUAUUUACAAUACUCUUUAAAAUAUGUUGAAACAUAACGCUAGAUAAAAGCUCACAGUACACCUUCUCAACAGAAUUAUCAAUCUUUUCCUGUUAACAUUCCGAGAUAAAUGUGCAACUUAAUUGUACUUCGUAGUCGUUAGAUGAUUACUUGUCACAGCACCCUAGCCUGGGUGCGAGCGGGCUCACUUGUGCGAUUUCAGGGACAAGCGAAAGAGUGAUGAUUUAUAAUGUAUUUCCUGAUUUCUAAACGAAAAUUGCUUUACCAUCAGUAGUAGCGAGCUUAGAAGAAAAUAAUAACUUAUUUUAAUAUAAAGGUUUAACAUUUAAAUAGUUUGAUAGACAUUUAUUGGAAAGAACAUGGGACGUAAAAGACUUCUGAAAAUCAAUAUUAGGGCCAUUUAUACGAGGAAAAAUAAGUCGUGUCCUAAAUAAGACGCAAACUAUCCAGUAUAAACAGCACAUUAAGACGCGUCUUAGCAAAGACG